CGAAGAGCUUAGACAGGCACAUUAAUUAAUAGGUAUAUUAAGCUAACCCGUGCUAACAAUAUACGGAGCAUUACGUAUAGAAUAGUACUCCAGCCUAAUCCCUAACGGGCAACCACAUAAUUUGAAAUUCAAACCAAAAGUUUGGAACCGGAAUUGAAAAGCCAACUUCAAACACCAAUCAAUCCGGUUUAGUAUCUGCAGUCAAGGAGUUGCAGAAAAGCUCACUACCGCAUACCAAAGAGGAAAUGGCUGAUCAGAGCAAGAAGAAGCAACACCUAAGCCUCAACCAGCGUCACACCCGCGUCCUAUUAGACCUCUCCGCAUCUCAUUCCAAAGCUCCUCCGUCUUCUUGCUUUCAUGAGGGGAGAGUUAAUUUCGGAGCCAAUGCAGAUAUGGGAAAUGAGAAGCAACAAGACGCCGUUCCCAGUUUUGGAAUUGGUUUCGAUUCUCUAUCUCCUUCUCCUUCUACUGAGGAAAAUGCAAUGAAGUCCGAGAAAAAGCUCCAAGAUAAAAAUGAAGAUGUUCCUAACUUCGGAACUGAUUUUGUUUCUCCUACCAUUUCUCCACCUCUUGAGGAACAUGCAAGUACUGCUGGUAACAAAGUCCAAGAAAAAGAAGAUGAUGUUCCUAACUUUGGCAUUGGUUUUGAUUCCCCUAUUCCUCCUCCUCCGCCUCUUGAGGAAAAUUCCACCACUGCAGAGGAAAAUCUCCAAGAAGAAAAUGACAAUGUUCUUAACUCCGAAAUCAAUUUUGAUUCUCCGAAUGCUUCCUCUCUUCCAGAACCGAAAGAAAAGGAUGGGAAGAGGAGGAUCAAAGGUCGACGUCGCCUGUGUAAAAUUGUGCAUGACAUCAACAUAAAUGAAAACGAUCCUGGUUUUGAUGAAGGGACAAAUGGUUUGGAGACUCCAGAAUUUGAUUCUUCGACCCCAGUGAGAAAUGCAGCUGCGAGUGAAUAUUCUGGUGGUGAAAAUGAAAUAAGGGAUAUCCUGAACGAUUUAAGUUCAAGACUUGAUAUUCUUUCAAUUGAUAGGACAAAGGUCCAAAAGAAGAUUGAUGGACCUGAAAACGUGGACGAAUUUCCUGAAUACGAAAGUGCUGAUUCUUCAUUUUCUGUCUCAUCAGAUGAAGAAAUGAAGAAGAAAAAUGAAGCUAAAACAGUGGCAGGAAAAUCGAAAUAUGUGGGGAAAAGUCACCCUUCCUAUCAUGUGCUAGAUGACACAGAUGAUGACUGUGUAGUUGUGAGUGAAAAAAAAGAUUUUAAAAAAUUUGGAAGACCAAACAAGUAUUCUGCACAUAAGCAUUGUCACGGUGCUGAGGUUGAUGGUCGAUGUGGAAAUAGUUUUGUCUCCGAGGAAGAGAAUCUAUUCACUUCGGAUGGUCUAAAGUUUAUGCUACCUGCAGAAGUUGCAAAUAUGUUAUAUCCUCAUCAGCGAGAUGGUUUGAAGUGGCUUUGGUCUAUCCACUCCAAAGGGAAGGGGGGCAUUUUGGGUGAUGAUAUGGGUCUGGGCAAGACAAUGCAGAUAUGUGGCUUUCUAGCCGGGCUGUUUCAUUCAAAUAUGAUUAAGAGGGUAAUGGUGGUUGCUCCAAAAACGUUAAUGCCCCAUUGGAUCAAGGAAUUAACUGUUGUAGGGCUAUCAGGGAAAAUUAGAGAAUAUUAUGGGACUAGCAUUAAGGCUCGGGACUAUGAACUCCGUUAUAUACUAGAGGAUAAAGGUGUGCUUCUCACAACUUAUGACAUUGUAAGAAACAAUGUUAAAUCUUUGUCCGGAGAUUAUUAUCACUGUGGUGAUCGAAGUGAGGAAGACGUUAUAUGGGAUUAUAUGAUUCUUGAUGAGGGGCAUUUGAUAAAAAAUCCCAGCACACAGAGAGCAAAAAGCUUACAUGAGAUACCUUCUGCUCACCGUAUCAUUAUUAGUGGGACGCCACUUCAAAACAAUCUAAAGGAACUCUGGGCUCUAUUCAACUUCUGCUGUCCUGGGUUGCUUGGUGAUAAGAAGUGGUUCAAAGAAAAAUAUGAGCAUUUUAUUCUUCGUGGAAAUGAAAAGAAUGCAUCAGACAGGGAAAAGCGUAUCAGUUCACAAGUGGCAAAGGAGUUACGAGAGUGUAUACAACCUUACUUUUUGCGGCGUCUUAAAAGUGACGUAUUUACAGAUGAUACCUCAACUGGUGUAAAGCUUUCAAAGAAAAGCGAGAUGUGUGUGUGGCUAAAAUUAACUAGUUGCCAGCGUCAACUAUACGUUGCUUUUCUAAAAAGUGAGAUAGUGCUUUCAGCAUGUGAUAGCUCGCCAUUGGCAGCAUUAACGAUCUUAAAAAAAAUCUGUGACCAUCCUCUUUUAUUGACCAAAAGAGCUGCUGAAGAAGUUUUAGAAGGGAUGGAAUCGAUCUCAUUGCCAAGCCAAGAGGAUCAAGCUAUGGCUGAAAGAUUGGCAAUGCAAAUGGCAAAAGCAGCUGAAAAAUUAGACUUUGAGGAUAGUCACAAUAUUUCUUGCAAGAUUAAUUUCAUUAUGCAGUUGCUGGAAUUUUUGAUUCCAAAUGGACACCGUGUUCUCAUUUUCUCACAAACACGGAAGAUGCUUGAUCAGAUUCAGGCCUCUUUAAUCUCUGUUGAUCUGAAAUUCUUGCGUAUUGAUGGGACUACUAAAGCUGCUGACAGAUUGAAAAUAGUUAAUAACUUUCAAGAGGGAGAUGGUGCUCCUAUCUUCCUUUUAACUUCUCAAGUUGGUGGUUUGGGGCUUACACUGACUAAAGCUGAUCGCGUGAUUGUAGUUGACCCUGCAUGGAAUCCGAGUACCGACAAUCAGAGUGUUGACCGAGCUUAUCGUAUUGGGCAAAAGAAGGAUGUAGUUGUGUAUAGAUUGAUGACCUGUGGGACAGUUGAGGAGAAGAUCUAUAGAAAGCAGGUAUUCAAGGGGGGUUUGUUUAAAACUGCAACAGAGCACAAAGAACAAAUACGCUACUUUAGUAGAGGGGAUCUACAAGAGCUUUUUAGCAUCCCGAAACAGGGGUUUGACGUCUCUUUGACUCAACAACAGUUGCAUGAAGAGCACGAUCACCACCAUGAAAUGAAAGGGUCCCUAAAAGCUGAAAUGGAGUUUCUGGGUGCUAUGGAUAUAGGGGGAGUGAGUCAACACAGUCUUCUGUUUUCAAAAACAGCCCCUGAACCAGUAGAUCAGGAUGAUGAGGAUCUCAGCGGCAGUGUAAGAGGGCCCAUAUAUGCUGGAAAGGUCUCCUCACGCUCAUCAGUGGAACCUAUUAUCAAUGAAGGGGCACAGUUCGCGUUCAAACCAAAGGAUGUGAAGAAUUUCAACAGGCCAAUGAAAGCGUCUAGUUCUGUACCACGUCAAACUGAGGCUGAAAUUAGAGAUCGAAUCAAAAGACUUUCUCAUGUUCUUUCAGAAAAGGGAGUGAAGUUGCCAGAUAAAGGAGAGAAACUGCGAAAGCAAAUAGCUGAGCUGCAUUCAGAACUUUACCAGAUUCAAAACGAAGGGGAAGAGUGUGAAGAAGUCAUUGACCUGGAUGACUUAUCUGGGAAGUUCAAAAGGGUAAUUAAUGUAUAGUGUAGUCCUUAUGAAUGUAUUUUGUAUUUUUUACUUCUAAUUUUUGUUUAAAGAUCUUGAUAAAAAAAGUCUUCCUCUAUGCUGGUUAACAGUUGGUUUUCCCAAUGGCUAACACACAUUCACG